GCAACACUUGAUUUCACAAUGGUCUCCCUUGCUGCAGCAAAUGCAGAAUUUGGCUUCAACUUAUUCAGAGAGAUGGAAUGCAGUCAAGGAAAUGAAAAUGCAUUCUUCUCUUCCCUGAGCAUCUUCACUGCCCUGACCCUAAUCCGUUUGGGUGCUCAAGGUGACUGUGCACGUCAAAUUGACAAGGUACUUUACUUUAAUACCUCAUCAAGACAAGGGAGCUCGUCUAACAAUCAGCCAGGACUUCAGCAUCAAUUGAAAAGAGUUCUUAAUGACAUAAACUCAUCUCAUAAGGAUUAUGAACUCGGCAUUGCCAAUGGAAUUUUUGCAGAAAAAGUGUUUGACUUUCAUAAGAACUAUAUUGACUGUGCUGAAAAGUUAUACAAUGCCAAAGUGGAAAGAGUUGACUUCACAAAUGAUAUACAGGAAACCAGAUAUAAAAUUAAUAAAUGGAUUGACAAUGAGACACAUGGUAAAAUCAAGAAGGUGUUAAGUGGCAACAGCCUCAGCUCUUCAGCAGUCAUGGUGCUAGUGAAUGCUGUUUACUUCAAAGGCAAAUGGAAAUAUGCCUUCACCAAGAAUGAUACUCUCAGCUGCCAAUUCAGAUCUCCCACGUGUCCUGGAAAAGCUGUUGCUAUGAUGCAUCAAGAACGGAGGUUCAAUUUGUCUACAAUUCAGGAUCCACCCAUGAAGGUUCUUGAGCUGCAAUAUCAGGGUGGCAUAAGCAUGUACAUCAUGCUGCCAGAGAAUGACUUAUCCCAAAUUGAAAGCAGGCUGAGCUUUCAGAAUCUAAUGAACUGGACCAAUAGGAAGAAAAUGAAAUCCCAGUAUGUGGAUGUGUUUCUUCCUCAGUUCAAGAUAGAGAAGAAUUAUGAAAUGGGCCAUCAUUUGAAAUCCUUAGGGUUGCGCGAUAUCUUUGAUGAGUCCAGCGCAGAUCUCUCUGGAAUUGCUUCUGGAGGUCGUCUCUAUGUAUCAAAUCUAAUGCACAAGUCAUUCAUAGAGGUCACGGAGGAAGGCACGGAGGCCACUGCUGCCACGGAAAGUAACAUUGUUGAAAAGCAGCUUCCUGAAUCCACAGUGUUCAGAGCUGAUCGCCCCUUUCUGUUUGCCAUCCAGAAGAAUGGCAUCAUUCUGUUUACUGGUAAAGUCUACUGUCCUUAAAAUUCCUAUUGGUUUCUUAUACAACAGUAGGCAUCAAGAAACAUCAUAAGUGAAUAGAAUUUUAAUUGGAAAUACAUGGGUUUGUUUUGUUUUGUUUCAGUUUAUUGAUGGUCAGCAAGUGAUAUUGGUGACUUGACCCUUUUCAAAUACCAUGUUUAUAUUCUCAAUUUCUGCUCUCAUCACAUCUACUCCUAUUUACUUUUCUAUGUAUAAUAUUAUUGAAUUUCUAUUCACAAUCUUCACUACCAUUAUUUCCAGAGGCCAUUCUGGGAAC